GCUGCCGCCUCCUCCGCUCACAUCUCUUACAGCCUUCACACUUCAGUGAGGAAGACUAUGGAGGACGAUCAGUGAUGUUUGAUAUUUUUAUGAAUUAAAAUACAUCCGGAGUUCAGCGGGUCUAUGCCAGACACUUCUAUUGAACGCAAUGAUGGGUCCAUGGAAUGCUCUCCUCUACAUUGCAGUCACUGUCUGCCUAUUGCAAGUGUCCCUCCAAGGGGAGCCCCAGCGGAGGCUGUACAAGGAUCUUAUGGCCAACUACAACCCACUAGAAGGCCAGUGUUCAAUGACACCCACUCCCUCACUGUCAACUUCAGCUUUAGUUUGAUGCAGAUCAUGGACGUGGAUGAGAAGAACCAGGUUUUAACAACCAACAUAUGGCUGCAGCUGUGCCGACGAGAGGUUUGUGCUACCUUCCAUACCAAUUGUGUUGGUGCAACUCCUCUGGGUCUGCCUCCAUCUUGCCUCAGUGGUUCUGGGGUCUAA